AUGGUCUGUGAAGAAACCCUUGAAGAAAUUCUAGUCUGUGUUCCCACUUCGAAAAUGAGAAUAGAGCAUGCUCAAGACAGGAAACCGUCAGCUCUGCGUCGGUCUUCGCGGCUAUCUCAAAAAACCGAGAAUCAAGAAUGUCUCCCUGAGUGUGCGCUUGGCAUCGUUUCAGGGGAUAUCUCUGGAAGGAUCCAGUGUGAUAUCACCGACGACCGCGCAGGUGCAGCGGAUGAUGUGAUUGUUUCCAUUAUGAGCUCACCUCAUUAUCCGCCAGACGAUUACGAGGCUACGGUUGAAGUUCUAGCACUUGAACCCCAACAGAAGGACGACAAGCCCCAGAUGAAAAUCAUUCCCCGCCUUGAAGAAUCAGAAGGAGGUCGCCUAAAAUGCGACCAGAGCUCGAUGUCUCCGACAUAUCACAACGAACACACUCUGAAAGUCGCGAACACCAACACGGGAAACAUACCUGCACAAUCACACGACAGGCUCGAUACAAGGCCAGAGUCGAAUAAGACUGUAGCCAUCUUGGAUGAUAUUUCUUAGCAUAAGCUUCCUAAUGCAUCCCCGUUAGUCAAGGAAAAGUCUCCCAAAGUGUCCAAGCCCAAGAACGAAAUAAGAAAGAAAGAUGCAAUAUCAUCACCGACCACUACAAAAGCGACUUCACUACCAGGGAUCAAGUCUUUUCAGCUAGACGCGUUCGUGGGUCAGAAAAGAAAACAUGAUAUCCAGGGCCGUCCCUCCGGUAUCGGCCUUAGAGAGCUCCACGAGCUGUCGCUUCAGCCCUGGUUUACUUACGGAGCAGCGAGAUGGAAGAAGAUGCAAGCGCAGAUGCUGUCGGCCACAAAGGAUGUUGCUCAAUUAAAUACAACUGCAGAGUAUUAUUAUCCCUGAAGCCACGGAUCAAAAACCAAACCAAAUCAUGAAUACGGAUUCACAAAAGCCAGCUGAAGCAAGUUUAAGUUAAUCUAGUCAGGUAGAUACAAUCAACUAUCAAUAGACUCCUAACUUCCCG